AUGUCGUUCUUCAACCCUCCUUCAAAGCCCGAGAAUCCGUUGGCAUACCACCGCAUCCUCUCCCCGACAGCGUCCGUUAAAGUCUCCCCUCUGUGCCUGGGUGGCAUCAGCAUCGGGAGCUCGUGGAGCGAAGUAUUUGGCAAAAACGAAAAUCCAGACUCUCUGCUCGACGCCUUUUACGCUCUGGGUGGCAAUUUCAUCGACACGUCCAACACCUACAAUGGCGAGGACUCUGAGAGAUUGAUUGGCGAGUGGAUGGAGAAGAGGGGAAACAGAGACCAGAUGGUCGUUGCGACCAAGUAUACCGCUGGCUACAAGGCGUACCAGAGAAAUGAACUCCCCUUACAGAGCAACUACACGGGCAAUUCGGCGAAAAGCAUGCACAUCUCGGUGAGAGAUAGUCUGGCAAAACUAAAGACAGACUACAUUGACAUCCUCUACGUCCACUGGUGGGACUUUGCAACAUCCGUGGAAGAAGUCAUGACACAUCUUCACGCCUACGUCAUGGCGAAGCAAGUGUUGUACAUCGGGGUAUCUGAUACUCCAGCCUGGGUGGUCGUCAAGGCAAAUGCGUAUGCUCGAAGUCACGGCCUCACACCAUUUUCCGUGUACCAAGGUCGAUGGAAUGCCGCGUACAGGGACAUGGAGGCCGAGAUCAUCCCUAUGUGCGAAGACCAAGGUAUGGCGAUUGUGUCGUGGGCUUCUCUCGGAGGAGGACAAUUGAUGUCGGCGCAAGAAAGGGAGGCAAGGAUGAAGGACCCAGACGCCCACAAAGGGUACGGCUUCCGCGAAGCGGAUAUCAAGGUGUCCACGGCGCUGGAGAAGGUCGCGCAAUCCAAAAAGACCACAACCCAGGCGGUAUCGACCUAUGUCUAUCCGAUCGUCGGGGUCCAGACGGUCGAACAUGUCAAGGCAUUGCCAGAGGCAUUGCGGAUUGAACUUUCGAAAGAGGACGUCGAAGCGAUCCAGGAUGCUGGAGACUACCGACCCCCGUUUCCCAUGAGUUUCUUGUUCCAGUGGACCGGAGAGGAAAAGUACCAUCUGGGCCUCACACCUGCGGACGUCAGCCAAUAUCAGAUGGCGGCCUGGAUCCAGGCGCCGCCGAAACAACCUGACCGUGAGCAGUAUACAACCGAGAACGAAGAAGUCAUGUUGUAA